CACUUUAUCUUUUAUAGAUCCACACUACUGUAUUAUAAAACGACUUAACUUCACCUUUGUCACGUACUUCACCCUGACUUCUCCACUACAGCUCAGAGAUUUAACAGUACACUUUAAAGUACUAUAACCAUGUCUGGAAGACCUAUGCUGUACUACCUCAAUGGGAGAGGUCGGAUGGAGUCAAUCCGUUGGCUUUUGACAGUUGCAGAGGUUGAUUUUGAAGAGAUUUAUCUGACAUCUCGUGACCAGUAUUUAAAACUCCUGAGUGAUGGAGCUCUCAUGUUUCAACAGGUUCCCAUGGUGGAAAUUGAUGGCAUGAAGCUCGUUCAGACAAAAGCAAUCUUGAAUUACAUCGCAGAGAAGUACAAUCUUCAUGGGAAAGAUAUCAAAGACCGUGUCAUGAUCAACAUGUACUCAGAAGGAGCGAUGGAUCUCAUGGAAAUGAUCAUAAGGUUGCCCUUGAGUGCAGAUAAAAAAGCAACACUGGAAACCAUUGAAAGCAAAGCAAAGGAACGCUACCUUCCUGUGUUUGAAAAGGCGCUGACUGGGCCCAUUUACCUGGUGGGAGGUAAGCUAAGCUGUGCAGACGUGCAGCUGCUUGAAUGCACCCUGAUGUUGGAGGAGAAAUUCCCUGGAAUCCUCGCUGGGUUUCCCAGCGUCAAGUCUUUCCAGGGCAGGAUGAGAAUGAUUCCCGCCAUCAGCAGAUUCCUGCAGCCAGGCAGCAAGAGGAAGCCACAGCCAGAUGAAAAAUUAUUGAAGACCGCCAUGGAGGUGUUCAACAUCACAUUACCACUCCCAUGAACUCUGUACAUUCCUCACAAAUGCAGUGUCAAUGAUUCACCAGUGCAUUAUACAAGCACGACAUGUGUCAACUGAGAGACUCCGUAAAUUGUAUAAUCAGAGUUAACAAACAGAUAAUCAUGGUUAAUCAUACAACCCUAGAUGAAGAGCUAAACAUAAUGGUGUAUGCCUUUGCAGUCUGAAGUUAGUGUGCGUAGCUGCAAAUUGCAUACAGAUGAGAUCAACAUGCCCAGAAGAUGAGAAACAAUCGUGUCAGGAACGGGGUGAUACCUAGAGUCUGCUGAGUUCAGGAAAUGACGGUGUCACAACUGGAGAGGGAGUGAUCAGUGGGCAGAACGAUGGGAGGGCUCUGCCGGCAAAGUCCCACUACAGGCGGGGCAGGUAUACGCAGCAUAUAAGUGACUGUGAUAGAGAUACAGUUGAGUCUGCUCCUGGGACCAACAGCCUACAAGCUGAAUACUGCACUAUCCAUUACAAAUCUCUUUAGCAUGAAAGAAAUCUAUGUAAUCCUUCAUAACAUCACAAUACAUGAGUGUUGAAUGUGAAGGUUCAACUAAAUAAAAAUUUUAUUUUUGAGGAACA